AUGGCGUGGACAAAGGAUAAUAUCAGAUCUGGCGAACACCGGCCCCUUUCUACAGAUUCAAGAUUCGACUGUCGACUGGCGAUUGUGGAGACAUCGGAAAACUUCUACUUCCUCGCCGGCGACUUCGCUAGUUCGCUCAACAGUCAAGUUCUUCUUUUACAUAUCCGGUUGAUUCGUCUUCCUCAUCGGAAACCUUUGCUAGGUCGUUCAAUAGUCAAGACUCAUCCGGUAAAUGCUUCUUUUCUAGUCCUACUGAUCUUCUAUACAGGUCCUACUCCCCAAUCUAUAAUACAGGGGACUAUCAGAAUAUUAUCGAAUCGGUUGGUUGAAUCUCCUCCAGGAGAAGAGGCAUGGCUGAUUUGUAUUCCUGGUCUUGCAAAAGAGUCGAUGAGUGUCACAAAUAAUAUGAGUAAUGAUGCUUCUGGUUCUACAAAUUCAAUGACGCAAAGGAAAAAAAUGAAACCAAGAUCUGAUGUUUGGAUGCAUUAUGAAAGAUUUGUAAAUGAUGACGGAAAUGAGAUGGCUAGGUGCAUGCACUGUAAGAAGGUUUACAAUGCACAAUCGAGAAAUGGAACAACUACUCUAAAACAACAUUUAAAUAGUUGUCCAGAAAAUCCUUUGAAAGGGAAGGGUACUCCUCCGGCAUGGAAAUUUGAUCAAGAUGGAGCACGCAAAAGUUUGGCCCGUAUGAUUAUCAUAGACGAACUUCCUUUUUCCUUUGUAGAUGGUGAAGGAUUUAGACAGUUCAUGUCAUACACUUGUCCUAAGUUUCUUAUUCCAUCUCGAUGGACAGUGGCUAGAGAUUGUUAUGAUUUGUACAUUAUUGAGAAGCUGAAACUAAUGACUUAUUUCAAGAACAAUGAUCAAAGGGUUUCAAUUACCACCGACACUUGGACUUCAAAUCAAAAGGUGAAUUAUUUGUGUAUAACUGGUCAUUUUAUUGAUAUUGAUUGGAUGUUAAAGAAAAGAAUACUAUGUUUCUGUCCAAUUUCAAGUCACUCCGGCGAGUCAAUUGGUAAAACGGUGGAGAAAUGUUUAAUUGAUUGGGGCAUUGAUAGGAUAUUCACCGUAACUGUCGAUAAUGCUAGUUCUAACGAUACCGCAGUGGCAUAUUUGAAGAAAACUUUUACAAACUGGGGAACUAACAUUUUAGAAGGAAAAUUGAUGCACAUGCGAUGUAUUGCCCACAUUGUCAACUUAAUAGUUACUGAUGGCUUAAAAGAAGUUGAUGAUUCUAUAAGUCGAAUUAGAGGUGCAGUACGAUAUGUGCGUCAAUCUCCAUCAAGACUGGCUAAAUUUAAACAAUUUGCCGAACUAGAAAAGGUGCAAUCAAAAAGAUGGCUUUGUUUAGAUGUAUCAACUCGCUGGAAUUCGACUUAUUUGAUGUUGGACACUGCUCAAAAAUUUGAAAGGGUGUUUGAUAGGUAUAAAAGAGAAGAUGCUACUCUUUUUUUUGACCUUGAUAAUGGGGCUGGAAUGCCAAAUGUUGAUGAUUGGACAUAUAGUCGGGCAUUUUGUUUCAUGUUGAAACAUUUCUAUGAGCUUACUCUACGAGUAUCGGGUUCUGCAUAUGUGACUUGCAAUAGUUUUCUAAAUGAGAUUAGUACGGUUCAUUGCAUAUUGCAAGAUUGUGAAAUGAGUGAUGAUUGUCAUAUACGCGAUAUGGCGAAGAGGAUGAAAAUGAAAUAUGACAAGUAUUGGGGAGACAUAGAAAAGAUGAAUAAGUUGAUUUUUAUCUCUGCUAUAAUUGAUCCCCGACAAAAGAUGGAUUAUGUCGAUUUUGUUUUAAAAGAAAUGUACGGUGAAGUCAUUGGAGUAAGAAUGAGCAUACAAGUGAAACAAGCUAUUUACGAAUUAUACAACGGAUACAAAGAUGCAUUGAAUUCAUCCAAUGAUACAAGUGAAAGAGGACAAGUAAGUGAAUUGGUAUCGACGUCAACACCAAUGAAAGAUACUAUGACGAUGCGUUACAAAAGGCACAAAAUGGAAACCGGGAGUGAAGAAACAAAGUCAGAGUUAGACAAGUUUUUAAAUGAAGAUACUGAAAAAGAUGUUGAUGGAUUUCAUGUUUUGGGAUGGUGGAAAAUUAAUUAUCAUAGAUUUCCUAUCCUUUCACAAAUGGCCCGUGAUGUAUUAGCUGUUCCAAUUUCCACCGUUGCUUCAGAGUCUGCAUUUAGUACUGGCGGAAGAGUUUUAAAUGUGUAUAGAAGCUCACUUACUCCAAGAAUUGUUCAAAGUCUAAUAUGCGCUCAAGAUUGGCUUCGUGCAUCUCCAUCUCUUGAAGACAUUGCUGAAGAGAUAGAUAACAUGGAAAAAUUAGAUAACGAUUUGUCAGAAUUACUUAUUGAUUCGACGAUAAUGGAAAUGUGA